AUGGCGCAGCAACCCAAUGCUGACCUUAUCACUAAGAUAACCACCUCCGCCGCUGAAACUUUCACCGACGCCUACUACACUGCGCUCCAGGCAGCGCGACGCACGUUAUCUAGCUACUACGUCGCCAAAGAGACAUUUCCAGAUGACCAAGUGGUGCCAAGCAUAACUUGGAACGGCAACGUGUUCAACGAUGCAAACGACUACCAGAGGAUGUGGGAGGAGCAAAUGCCCUCAUACUCCUACUUCGAAGUGCAGUGUCUCGAUUGCCAGGUAUUAAACCCGAAUCCGCCGCAAAGCAAAGAGGAGAAGGCGGCCGCAUCUCAGGUAGAUGCGAGUGAGAGCAGGCCUGCUGGCGUUACUGCGAAAAAGGGGAAGAAGGACGAGGAGCACAUCAUCACCAGUAUGUUAGUGACGGUCAACGGCUUCGUCAGGCUUGAGGAGAGGAGUGAAGGCCCUCAGCGUGGUUUCAGCGAGGUGUUUAUACUUGUGCCAAACAUGGACGUCACCAAAGCAAAUGAAGGAAAGAGAUGGUUGAUUCAGACUCAGAACUUCAGGUAUGUGGUUUGAUAAGCUGAAACCAAACCAACAAGAAAUCAGAAAAUUGGGAUAUUUGGAAAGAGCAUGGUGCAUUGGUUAGAGGUUGGGGCAUUUUUGCGCUGAGAUUCUUCUUGAGCGUAUGAGUGUACUACAUUGCUCUCCAUCUGGGACAGAACCCUAGGAAACGGGCUGGCCAACUUCACGCACGAUCUCUGCUUAGGAC